CCGGAUCCCCCGGGCGCCAUCAUCAUGAUGAACUCUGGCUGGGCCCGAAAGUACCCGGACUCCAACAAAGUGUUCGGUACACAGAACCUCUCAGACCCUCUCUCCUUCCGGUUUCCUGGCUUCAGUUUGGAAGCCUGCAAGUUCAUGCUCAUAAAGAGACAGGUCAGUGUGGUAGGAGUGGACACUCCGUCCGCGGAUCCCGGAAUCGCCCCUGAGUACUACUGCCACAACCAUCUCCAGCCGAAUGGUGUUCCCUUAGUCGAGUACGUUGCCAACCUGGAUGCGAUCCCUGUGCGUGGCACCACUAUUGUGCUGGGAGCCAUCAAGAUGCGCGAUGGGACCGGCGGACCCACCCGGAUAUUCGCCCUCCUGGAUGACGAGAACGAUUGGUUUAUUAAUGGGGCAAACUUUGGUUCCUGUCCAGGUGUCAUCGUGCUUUUGUCGUUGUCAACGUUGUGUGUUUUGUGCCAGGCGCUGUGCUUCUAGAUCGAGGUCCAUGAUCAUGUUUGCGAGUUUUGUGAUUGCGGUGUUUCUCGAAAAUGUGUCGGUUUUUUGGUUAAAAUAUAACAGCAGUAUUUAUAGCAUAUUUAUACAUGAAUAGAGAUAUUUAGACUCGCUUAGUUGUUAAGAGUGUAUUUGGUGAAUUACAUCUAUAUUUUGCUUUGCUAUAUGAUUAUGUUUGUAUUUUAAAACA